AUGGCGGCGCGGCGGCUGGGGGGCAGCUCCUGGCAGCAAGUGGUAUCGCUGAGCAGGCGGUGCUGCUUACUGGGCGGGAGGUGCUCUUCUAGUACUAGAGCUGUUGGCAAGACUGUGGAAAAGUCAGAAGUUACUCAAGAAGAAAUUGUGCUUCCACGAAAGAAAACCUGGGAUAAGCUCGCGGUUCUUCAGACAUUGGCUUCUACUGUGAACAGGGAUCCUACUGCUGCUCAUUAUAUGUUCCAGGAUGACCCUUUCCUUAUGCCAAGAAAUGCUGGCAAUUCUCGUCUGUUUUCAUUGUCGAAGGAGUCUGGGAGAAAUGCUGCAAAAUACAUUAUUAAGCAAUUUCCUCAGUAUUUUGACAAGAUUUUUGCAGAGCCCAACAUACCAUGUUUGAUGCCUGAGGCUCUUACACCUCAGAUUGAAGGAGUGAGUGAAGAAGCUCUAAAAGAGCGUAUCAACCUUAGAAGGGUGAAAGAUUCUGUGGACCUGUUUGAUCAGCUUGUACAAGCAGGUACUCCUGUAUCUCUGGAGACCACAAACAGCCUUUUAGAUUUGUUAUGUUUCUAUGGAGAUGGAGAAUCUACUCCAGAAAAACAGGAAGGGCAAAAAGAGGAUUUGGAAGAACCAGGGGUGAACGCUUCAGAGCAGAAGGCUCCAAAGAGACAAUUCCAAAGAGGUUCACAGUCAUCUGGCUCCAGAUGGAGGGAGAACAACAAUGCUGAAAGGAUAUUUAAGAUAAUGCCAGAGAGGAAUGCGCAUUCCUAUUGCACAAUGAUCCGUGGGAUGGUGAAGCACGGGGCUUCUGCUAAAGCUUAUGACAUGUACAUGGACUUGCUGAAUGAAAGACACAAGGCUGACGUGCACACGUUCAACGCACUGAUUACAGCAGUCCCAUAUCUAAAGGAGAGGUUCUUAGAAAGAUGGGAAUUAGCCAAGGUCUUCCUGAAUCACAUGGUUCAACAGGGAGUGCAACCAAAUCUGCUAACGUUCAAUGCUUUACUGAAGACUCUGAGAAGAUGUGGUGGUGUAGGCAGAAGUAUGUCUUUAUUGGUAAUGAAGGAAAUGGAAGCACUUGAUAUAGAGCCUAGCCUUGCAACGUAUGAUCAUCUUCUCUUUAUAUUUUAUAGAGGCGUUGACCUUUGCCCACCAGGCAUCAUCCUUGAAGUACUAGAUGACGUUGAAAAGAGGAGUUUCACUCCCCAGGACCCUGAUGACGCCAACUUUUUUGCCACUGCUAUGCAAGCGUGCUGUGAUCUUAAGGAUAUCAAGCUUGCCUAUCGGUUAAAUAAGGCAAUGGAGAAGGGAGACAACUGGAAGUUCUUGGACAUGGAUCGGUUAAAUGCCUACUGGUCAAAAUUCUUUUCAUUGUUGUGUAUGAUGGAACAAAUUGAUGUUGUGUUGAAAUGGUACAAAGAAAUGUCCCUUUCGGUCUUCUAUCCAACUCCUAAAAAUAUAUUGGACCUCCUUCAAGCACUGGAUGCAGCCAACCACUUGGAAGUGAUCCCUUCAGUCUGGGAAGAUAUGAAACAACUGGGGUUUAGUAGGAGACAAGACCUGUUGGAAGAGCUCUUGUCUUUGAUGAGCAGGGAGCAGCACCCUGAGGAGAUUCAACUGGCGUUUGCCAAGUGUGCUGAUGACAUCAAAGCUGUCCAUGAGCAAACUGGGAGGGAGCAGGCCCCGUUGGAAUGGACAGGCAGUGUGCUGUGCCAUGUCACUCUGUUGUUUUCCAGGGUUGGGAGAACCCAGGAUGCUUGGAACAUGAUGGAGCGGUUCCAGCAAAUCAAUAGGAUUCCCACUGAGCAGGUGAUGGAUGAGUUCUUGAACUGUGCUAAACAAACCAAUUGCUCAGAUGAGGCAAUUAAGCUGGUAAAGCUGGCAGCGUCCCUCGGUCUUCCUUCAUCUCAAAGGCUUAAAAGCAGAACGGAGAAGGAAUUUGAACUCUCUGAAAAGCAGAAGAAGACAUUGGAGAGUAUCAAGUCAGACAGCGACAGCAGCGACAGUGAUAGUGACAGCGAUAGUGACCGUGACUAGCUGUCCCUCUUGCCUUCCCCUUGGGAAAACUGGGAGCAACGGCUGUCUUGGUGCCAGGAGGCUUCUGUGAGAAGUGAAAUCACUGAAGGGAUGGCUUCUGGGGGGUGCUGCAGCACUGCUGAGAGCUCCACAGCAUUCUGAUACAAGACCUGCUU